UCUCAUUUUCUGUUUCAGACGGCAAAACCAGACGGCAACAAUGACAACCCGAUUCAAGAAGAACAGGAAGAAGCGCGGCCACGUCAGCGCCGGACACGGUCGUAUCGGAAAGCACAGAAAGCAUCCUGGAGGUCGUGGUAAUGCCGGAGGUAUGCAUCACCACCGUAUCCUCUUCGACAAGUACCAUCCAGGUUACUUCGGUAAAGUCGGUAUGCGGUACUUCCACAAGCUCCGCAACAAAUUCUACUCUCCGAUCGUGAAUAUCGACAAGCUUUGGUCGCUGGUUCCUGAGGAUGUGAAGGAGAAGGCUGCGAAAUCGAAGGGAACUGCGCCGGUUAUUGAUGUGACGCAGCAUGGUUUUUUCAAGGUCCUUGGUAAGGGUGUUUUGCCGGUUAAUCAGCCGAUUGUUGUUAAGGCGAAGCUGAUUUCGAAGAUUGCGGAGAAGAAGAUUAAGGAGGCUGGUGGUGCUGUUGUUCUCACUGCUUAGGUUUUUGUUUUGUUGUUUUUUUGAAGUUUCAGUAAUUUGAUUUCAUAUAUGUGAAGAAUCUUAUGUUGGUUAAGUUAAUUUUGUUUAUGGUUAGAUUUUGGAUAAUUACAUGUUUCUGGUGAUAAUGAUAUUAUAAGCUUAUGAUAUGAUACGUAGUUGUUUGUUUAUCAA